AAGAAGCAAAAUUGAAUUUUGACAUGUUUCUUAUUUCUUAAAGAAUAAAAUAAGGCAGAUUGGGAUUGGGGUAGUUGAUCCCAGAAGAAAGGCCCAGACUUUUCUAGAAGAAAUCACAUCUCCGAACCAACAACAAUAAAAGGGAGAACAAACUCUGCAUUCAAAUUUCAUUUCUCCGUUCCAGUGAUUCACAAUUUGAAGCCCUUUCCCGAUGGAUUUUGAACUGAGAAGAGCGAGAGAGAAGCUAGAGAAGGAGCAGAGGGAGAGGAAGGAAAGAGCACGAUUGAAACAGCAGAAGGAAAAGAAGGCCAAAGAUGAGGCUCUGAAGCAGAAACAAGCCAUCGAAGCUGUUCAAAGAUCUCGCCGCAUUGAUGCCGCCGAAGCGCAACUCAAGGCUGACCAACAGAUGCAAGAAAACCUACUUGCUGGCAGAGGAAUAGUGUUUUAUCGAUUACUAGAAGCUGUACCUUAUCAAGGUGGUGGAGAUAAGAUCAAGAUGCCUCCUUCUUGCUUCACAGAACUGUCUGAUCAGGGUGCAUUUGAUAAGGGACCCAUAUACUUUCAGUUGUCAUUAGUUGACAAGGAAAGCUCUUCAAGCAUCCAAGAUACUGAUAAAGAGAAACAGGGUACCACCCAUUCAGGAGUUUUAGAAUUCACUGCUGAUGAAGGUUCAGUGGGUCUUCCUCCUCAUGUAUGGAAUAAUUUAUUUUCUGAAGAUACUUCAAAAUCUCCAUUAGUUGAAGUCCGGUAUGUCUGGCUUCCAAAAGGUACAUAUGCAAAACUUCAACCUGAAAGAGUUGGAUUUUCUGACUUGCCAAAUCAUAAGGCUAUCCUUGAAACAUGUCUUCGGCAGCAAGCUACUCUUUCUCAAGGUGACAUUUUAACUGUAAACUAUGGAGAACUUGCAUAUAAAUUAAGGGUCCUUGAGUUAAAACCUUCUUCAAGUGUGUCUGUUUUAGAAACAGAUAUUGAAGUUGACAUAGUUGAUCCUGACACGUCUUCAGAAAAGACAGAUGAGCAUGUUUUAAUGCCAGUUGGAUUUGGAAUGUCCCAAAUUGGAACAGUAGAAGAAGGAAAGUUUGUUUAUUACAAAUUUUCUAUAGACAAUGUCACAUGGGAGAAACUCUCAUCUGGGAAUUCUUGUAUUGAAGUAAAAUUAGAAUCAGAGACAAAUGGAGGGGACAGUGAUCUUUUCAUCUCUAGACAUCCUCUCAUAUUUCCUACCCGACACCAGCAUGAGUGGUCUUCUCAUGAUAUUGGCUCAAAGACUUUGAUUCUUAGCUCUAAAGAUAAAAACUUGGGUGCAGGGACAUACAGUAUUGGUAUAUAUGGCUUCAAGGGAAUAACAAAGUAUAAAAUAUCGGUUGUGAUCCAAGAUAAUUUCAACCAAAAAGUUGGUCAGCAAGCAUCAUCUUCUGUGUCAUCUAUGGAAAUGGAUACUCAACAAUGUAGGAACUGCAAGCAUUAUAUACCCACUAGGACUAUUGCACUGCAUGAAGCUUACUGUAGCAGGCACAAUGUUGUCUGUCAACGUGCAGGCUGUGGAGUUGUUCUUAGGAUUGAAGAGUCCAAGAACCACAUUCACUGUGACAGAUGUGGUCAGGCUUUCCAGCAGGCAGAAUUAGAAAAGCACAUGAAAGUUUUUCAUGAGCCACUUCACUGCCCUUGUGGAAUAAUUCUUGAGAAAGAGCAAAUGGUGGAGCAUCAAGCUUCAGUUUGCCACCUGCGUCUAAUCACAUGCCGGUUUUGUGGCGAUAUGGUUCAAGCUGGGAGUUCUGCCAUGGAUGUCCGUGACAGAUUAAGAGGAUUGUGUGAGCAUGAGAGUAUUUGUGGUUCUAGGACUGCCCCUUGUGAUUCUUGUGGGCGAGCCGUGAUGUUGAAGGACAUGGACAUUCACCAAAUUGCUGUUCAUCAAAAAGGCUAAUUCUGAUAUUUUCAUCAUAAAAGCAACUUGUGAAGGAUUGCGUCUAUAAAAGAAACAGGAAAAGAAACAGGAAGACAGUUAGAUGGUAGAGCAUAAACAUCUCUAUGUUCUACUAUGGGUAACCGGCUGUGGAUAUAUCAAACUCUUGCUGUUCUUGUCAUUCAUUCAUCAUGUACGAAAUUACGAUAUACCUCUCAAUCCCUUUAUGGAAACUAUUUGCUUUGCAGUAUUUUUUA